GAUCUAUCAUUUAUUAGUAUAGUGGGAUUAGAUCGAGGAUUAGAUGGAGUUGCUCGACUCUUUCCGAGGCUCUUUGUCAAUCAUUUGUCUUCUCUGGCUUUGCUGUAUUGGGCAGGGACAGGAAUGUACGAGGCUAAUGGACCAAUCAUUAGUAACAUACAGAGCACAAAAUAUAAGAACUAAUGCAGUUGGAAACUAUUUAACUAGUACACUAAGAGUCCUUCAUGAGUAUCAGUUCAAUUGUUCAUCCACUAUAACCAGUCUUAUAUUGGGUAUUGAUGUGAGACCUGACAACUAUACUCUGUUUCCAAGUGUCCAGGUCUUUAGACGUGCUGGUAACUCUAAUAAUUAUAACCUAGUGACUGAGAGAACUAUUUAUUAUUCUACCUCUAAUGUCAGUACUAGUGGAGUGUUUGAAUAUCCACUCAAUCCUCCUAUACCAGUAAUGAGUGGAGACCUGUUAGCUGUAUCACAACCAGAUCAAGGACUCAGUAUCGUUAGAUUAUACUACAUUGAUAAUGUUCCAGGGGUCAGCUUCAGGAGCAGACAGGAAACAUUCGGUGAAAGUAGUUUUAAUUUGAACAACCUUCCAACCACCACAAACCAGUUGAUAUUAGUAUAUCCAGUAACAGAUGGAUACUGUGUUAAUAGUGCCAAUUCAAUCAAUGCUUCAUUUAUUAGUGAAAAUGCUCUUAGAAUUCAUCGAUCACAAAUGUUUCAAAAUCAAAGACAGUAUUUGUACCUUGAUAUGUUCUUCUUGUGUAAUGGAUCAGUUACUAAAUGGAUCUUUGGAGCUGAGAAUCAAACCAAUAAUCAAAAUGCAUUAGCAGAGUUCCAGAUAUGGCGUCAACAAUCAAGUAGUUACAAUAAAGUUUCAUUUAGUUCAAUCACAUUUAAUAACAUUACAAUGAUUGGUACUAAUCUCUAUGAGUUUAUUCCUCAGACUCCACUGCAGUUCCAGAAAGGAGACAUAUUUGGUGUUUAUAUUCCUUCACCAAGUUCAAGUCGAUUAGUAUUUUAUGAACAGAUACAGAGUGGCCCACUUAAUAGGUUUAGAGCUGGUGGUGCAUUAUCAACUAUAACAGGAUCACUGGAAUCUGUUGCUAAUAAUUAUCCAUUAAUUGCAGCAGAAAUCAAUAUUUCUACUACUACAGUUAUUAGCAGUGGAACUGUAUCUGUAUCAAAUAUUAUUGGCACUGCAUCAGUGUCAGGAUUUGUAUCAGUGUCAAGAUCUGUAUUAGUGUCAGGAUCUGUAUCAGUAUCAGUGAAUCCAUCUAAUGAUGUCACACAAGCUCCUUCAGGAUCUUCUGUUGGUGCUAUAGUGGCAACAGUUGUAAUACUACUCCUUUUCAUUCCUUCAAUAACUGCUAUCAUCAUUAUUGCCAUAGUCAUCUUUAUUAAGAGAAAGAAUAAAAAGAAAGAAUUGAGCAAUGGACAAAGAGAUGUGGCUACAUUUAGUAAGGAUCAACUUAUACCAGAUGAGAAGUUUUCAACACUAGAUAACCUAGAGAACCCAUUGUAUGGAGGUAGUGUUGGUAAUUUUAAAUCACACUCUGAAGCUGAGAAUCAAUAUGAAAUGAAUAAUAGUGGGGAGUAUUUUGAGCCGGAAGCUUCUGUAUAUAUGGAGCCCACACCGUUGGCACAACCAUAUGCUGAAUUAAAGGCUAGUACAGCACAUCCAAAAAUAGCUCAAUUUAAGGCUCAUUCUAAGAGCUUUGCCAAUUCAUUAAAAGAACCUGAAUUAUCAAGGACUGGUACUAUGGGUAUAACUGACAAUGCUUUCUUCACUGAAACGGAAGAGUACUGGCAGCCUGGUAGUGACUGUGAACUUAUUUAUAAACAAUUCACAAGCUACAAAUUUAGAGAAAUACUGCAUAGUCAGAUAGUAAUAACAGAUCAUCUUGGUUCAGGACAGUUUGGUAGUGUUAAUAAAGGUGUAUGGGAGUCUCCUACUGGUCCAGUAGAUGUUGCCAUUAAAACACUCAAUAAUAACACAUCAGAGGAUGAGAAGGUCAAGUUUCUUCAAGAGGCAGCCAUUAUGGGUCAGUUUCAUCAUCCUAACAUUGUCAAGUUGCAUGGAAUGGUCACUGUUGGAGAGCCAAUGAUGAUAGUACUGGAGUUAAUACCUCAUGGAGACAUGAGACAAUACCUUCACACUCUCCAACCACAACCAGGAGAACUCGUAGCAUCAACAGUACCAGGUCUACUGCUCAGUUUCUGUCGUCAGAUUGCUUCAGGUAUGGAUUACUUGUCUAAGAAAGGGUUUGUACACAGAGACUUGGCUGCUAGGAAUAUUCUGAUAGCAAAGCAAGGAUUAUGCAAUAUUGCUGACUUUGGAAUGUCCAGAGAUCUGGAAGAUGACAAUUACUAUGUUGCUAAUGCAUGCAAGAUCCCUGUCAAAUGGACAGCUCCAGAGGCAUUGAACUACAGGCGUUAUUCCAGUGCUAGUGAUGUAUGGAGUUAUGGUGUAGUGGUGUAUGAGAUAUGGAGUCUGGGACAUAAACCAUUUGAAAACUACACCAAUGAACAAUGCAUAGAUCUGAUUAAUUCAGGAUUUCGUCUUCCUCCUCCUCCUGGCUGCCCCAGGACUCUUUACGAGAUUAUGAUACAAUGCUGGCACCCAGAUACUGGUGGUCGUCCUACAUUUGUAGAUCUGGUAUCAAGAUUGCUUCUCUCUGAUGUUGAGUUGUUAAAUGAGGUUUCUAAGGAAGAGGAGAGCACUGUUGUGGGUGGUCCACUGGAAACUGCUUUUGACUUAUAUGAUGACUUGCAAAAAAUGUACACACAGUGAUGUAGUGUGUGGUGCUUCUUUUUAUUAAUUUUUUAUUCCGUGUCGUGUGCAAAUGAAUGUUUAAUUAGAUGUUUUAUUAUCUGCAUCAACUCACAGUAGUGACAGUACUAGAUAUAUACUAAACUUUUAACUCUGUUAAUGUAUGUACAAUUUCUUUUGUUUUAGUUAUAAUAAUAUUUUAAAAUAAUAAUUAAUGACUACCCCUUUAAGUUAAUUCAUGUGUAUCUUUCUUUUUUAUUUUUGUGUAUAACAAAAUAAUAA